CAAGCCCAUCCCAGGCGCUCUCGACAGAGACACAAGGUGUGCAUACAAGCCAAAGCCCUGUGUCUCCCGCCAGCAGCAGCAUACCUUGCGAAGUGCAUUGCAAGGUCUACUUGAACUUUGCCUCGACACCAUGACAGCCGAAAAGCCCACCAGCAAGCAGGCCGCCGCCAAUGGCACCGACGCAGCACCCGCUGUGACGGCUGCGGACACCGCGGCCAUCGAGAUUCCCAAGGCUCCUGGCGGCCGGCCAGACGGAGAUGCGUACAAGGCCAAGAUGGACCAGAUCCAGUCGGAUAUCACCAAGGCACAGGCUGAGCUGAACAAUGUUCGCGCUCUCCUCUCUGGUUCAGGUCCAGCGGCUAACACGCCUGCCGGUAAGCGGCGUGCUGAGCUGCGUGCGCAGCUGGAGGAGCUGCGCGGUGACCAGGCCGGCAGCAAAGGCAACCGCAUUAAGGUGCUCGACGAGAUCAAGACGCUGCAGGAGAGCGUCUCGAAGAAGACCGCUGAGCUCAAGGCGAACAAGGCCAAGCUGCGCUUCUCGUCCAGUGUCGAGGUCGACGCGCAGAUUCAGAGCCUCGAGAAGCAGGUAGAAUCGGGUAGCAUGAAGAUCGUCGAGGAGCGCAAAGCUCUCGCGGAGAUCUCGACACUGCGAAAGACGCGCAAGGCCGUCGAAGCGACCGAUGCACAGCAGAAGCUGAUUGACGCGGACCGCACACGCAUCGACGAGUUGCGCAAGACGCUCGACAGCCCGCAGUCGCGGGAGCUCGCCAAGCGCUACGAUGACAUCAAGGCCGAGCUCGACACGAUCCAGCAAGAGUUCUCCCAGCAGGCUGGCUCGCGCGCUAAGCUGCUAGACCAGCAGACCGCGGCCAACGCGCAGAUCAAUGCGCUUUUCGCCGAGAAGCAGGCCUGGUACAUGGCUUUCAAGGAGGAGCGCGAGAAGUACGACAAGAAGGUCGCUGAGGAGCGUGCCAAGCGCGACGAAAAGUACAGACAGGAGCGCAGAGCCAUCGAGGAGCAGAAGCGCAAGGCGCACGAGGCGCAGCUCAGGGAGGACGCCGCGCUGCCCGCCUUUGUGCAGGAGAUCGAGGAGUGCAACGUCCUCAUUAACUACUUUAGCGGAGGCAGCAGUAUUAGCAGCGGCAGCAGUGCCAGCAAGGCAGGGUCAACUUCUCUGUACGCAAACGGCAGCACUUCUACUGCUACCACCCUAGGGAAAAAGCUGGAGCUCAGGAGCGUCACCGGCGACAUCACGCCACCGCACGGUGCUCGUGUCGCGCGCAAGAAAGGAAAGGAAGAUGACCAGGAUGGCUUCUUCAUCCCUGCAUCCAAGGCCGGCAAGAAGAAGGGCAACAAGCGCGGCACAACGCCGAUUUCUCUCGCCGAAGACGAUGCAUCGUCAUCAUCAUCAGCGGUGGCAGCAGCAGGGAUUGACCCGAACUUGCCACAAUCAGCAGUAACAGCACCCUCAUCAUCCGCCUCAGCAACAGCGCUCAACAUCCCGCUCGGCCACCUAACUGCACUGCUCUCCCUGUCCAUCCCCCCGCCAGCGAACACCGCGGACGUGCCGCGCGUGGUUGACAACCUUAAGCUCAAGCGCGAGUACUUCCUGAGCAACCAGCAGCGCCAGACACGCGAGAAUAUCGAGCGUGUCGAAAAGAUGCUCGCAAAGGCUAAAGUCAGCGCCGAAGAGAAAGCUGGUAGCUCUGUGGGGGUCACGGCAGAGCAGAAGAGCGACGAGAGCCCUGCAACAGCUACUUACCCGACCAAGGCGGAGACAAAGACGGAGGCUUAAGAGAGCGAAGGCUAUCGCCACCACCCCUCUGUAGAGGUACAGGCAAGGAACAAAACUCGUGAUGAAUUUGCGUAGGGUCUGUCGGCGACCGCUGCUCGCUACAGUGGGCGCUUUUGCCUUUCUGUUUUAGCAAUACAACAAAAUAGUCGUAGCAUGUGGUCCUUCAAUCAAUGCAAAAUGCAAUUGUUUCGAACCAAA